AUGCUUGUUCGUGUGUCCAUUUUCCCACUUUUGCUAGUCACUGUUCUUUCUUCAUGUUAUACCAUUGAUGAUAAAACGCAAUGUAUUGGUGACUUUACAAGUUCAUGUAAAGGAGAUUUGGUUGUUGCGGACUCUUCUUGUAUCUCUCCAAAAGGAUUUGAAGCCAACGACAAAAUCACUUCGUUUCAUUUUAUUACACACACAAAAAUCACAGUUGGGUCGGGAGCAUUUUAUGGGGAUUACAAUAUGCUCAAUUUCACUGCCGAUGGUGGGAUUGGAUCCCUUGGUAAAUAUUCGUUUAGUGGCUCAGGUAUUACGACAUUAGACAUCACUGGUAUUACAACAAUCCCAAAAGACUGUUUUUCAUACUCCGAAUUGAAACAACUUGUUGGUUUUGAAAGUGUGACGUCCAUCGCGGAAAAUGCGUUUUGUGGGACAAAAAUCACUUCAUUGAAUCUCAGCGACAAUUAUGUUCUUUUGGGCAAAAACGCGUUUGCACAGACAAAACUCAAUUACGUCAAACUGCCACAUGUAGUCAAAACUAUUGAAGACUCCGUUUUUGCGUAUUGCCUUGAAUUAAGAGAAAUUGAUAUCAAUGGAGCCAAUUACAUCACCAAUGGAAUGUUCUCUGGCUGUAAAAAUUUGGAAAAAAUACAUCAUACGGAGAAUGUCACACAAAUUGGGAUGAACGCUUUUUAUCAAUGUACUUUGGUUGAAACUUUCCAUUUCUAUCGACUCAAAAAAGUCCUCUUUGAUUUCUCAAAUGCAAAAUUUCUGUUCUAUCACAACACAUUUGCCCCACUCGAAAUUUCUGAAUUAAAUCAAGGACUCAAGGUAUUUGUGCCAGACACGUACAAUUCAUCACAUUUUGGAAACAUUGGAGUCCAAAAGUCGACUUGCGACAGAUUUCAUUACAUCGACACCAAGAAUUUGGUUGCUGACGAGAAAGUAAUUUGUUCAAAUUGUCCGCCAAACACUAUUAAUGAUGAUGGACUGAGUAACGAAUGUCCCAUUAAUAUGACACAAUGUCUUUCAAUACACAAAAAUUGUAAAAUUUGUAUCGACACCAACUGUGAAUUGUGCGAUGCCAAUUUGUUGGUACAAAACGACGGUUGUGUUUCUUCGUGUGGUGUUGAUUACAUUACAUUUUUGAAUAGAAGUUGUGUGUCUGUCUGUCCAAACAACUUCUUUAAAAACGGCACAACCUGCUCGCAGUGCAAAGAGAAUUGUCAAAAAUGUGUUGAUAGUAACACGUGCAAUCAAUGUGAUGACAACUAUUACUUUCUCAAUGAAAGUUGUUAUGAAGAGUGCCCUCUUGGGUAUUACAAAGGCGACAAGACUUGUGAUUUGUGCGCCUCAUCUUGUCGGAGUUGCGUUGAUGGAACGAGUUGUGAAAGUUGUGUCGACAACUUUAUGAUGGUGGAAGACACGCACCAGUGUGUCGAAAGUUGUGACGAGAAUGGGUACUUCCAACAAAAAACAACGUGUAAAAAAUGCAGUGGAAAUUGUUUGCACUGCAAUUCCGAGAUUACUUGUAAUUUGUGCAAUGAAACGUUUUAUCUCAGCGACCAUAACAGAGUCUGUGUGACUCGUUGUCCUACGGGAUUUUUUGAAAACAACAUAACGUGCAGUGAAUGUAAAAUCGACUACGAGAUACCAUGUGAAACGGAAGAAUGUUUCAGGUGUUAUGAAGGCGCUUGGAAAAGAGAUUUGGUCGUCGUGUUAUUUGUUCUUUUUCUUUUGUUGUAA